GCUGGCCGGCAGAGCAAAAAUGGCGGCGGCAAUGCGCGUGGUGGUGGCUGGAGCAAGACUCAGCGUUGUGGUGAGCGGUCUCCGCUCCGCGGUCCGCAACCUGUGUAGCCAGCCCGUCUCGGUUAACGAACGCAUCGAGAACAAGCGCCGCGCCGCGUUGGUGGGAGGAGGCCAGCGCCGCGUGGAUGCGCAGCAUAAGCGAGGUAAGCUAACUACCAGAGAGCGGAUCAGUCUUUUGCUGGACCCUGGCAGUUUUGUUGAGAGUGACAUGUUUGUGGAACACAGAUGUGCAGAUUUUGGAAUGGCUGCUGAGAAGAAUAAGUUUCCUGGAGACAGUGUGGUCACUGGACGGGGCCGAAUCAAUGGAAGAUUGGUUUAUGUCUUCAGUCAGGAUUUUACAGUUUUUGGAGGUAGUCUGUCCGGGGCACAUGCCCAAAAGAUCUGCAAAAUCAUGGACCAGGCCAUGACAGUGGGGGCUCCAGUGAUUGGACUGAAUGACUCCGGGGGAGCACGGAUCCAAGAGGGAGUAGAGUCUUUGGCUGGCUAUGCAGACAUCUUUCUGGUGAGAAACCUGUUAAUAGAAUACAGAGA